AUGAGUAUAUGUCAUCUUUCUGAACGAGAUAAAUCAUUACAAGAAUUAAGUAGAGAGAGUAAAGCAUGUAUAUGGUAUCGUUUAAUGUUAAGAGUCCUCCAAUUAAUGGUAGAGUAUGGUAAUGCUAAACGUGAUAUGACUGAAGCAUAUUACUAUAAUAAUAACGCUCAAAGGGAAGAACUACAUGAUUUUGAAAAAGCUUAUUCCACACAAACAGCGAUUUGGUGGUAUACACAUGGUAGUUUUCUAUAUCGAUUACUAAAUACAGCUUUACGUGUGCAAGAUGUGAAAAUAAUAUUUAAAUUUCGACUUUUUAUUAAUGAUCUUCAAAAUCAACUCGAAAAACUUUACAAUGAAUAUUUCAAUAAACAUUUUUCUGAAUCAAAUCAUCAUUUUACAGUUUAUCAUGGUCAAGUUUUAACUAUGGAAGAAAUCGAACAGUUUCAAAAGAAUGAAAAUGAACUUAGUACAAUGAAUAAUCUUUUUCAGUGGUACAUUACAAUCAGAGAUAGCUGA